GUUCCUGAUAACCCACCAAAUUAUAUCCUUUUCCUUAAUAACUUGCCUGAGGAAACAAACGAGAUGAUGCUGUCCAUGUUAUUCAAUCAGUUUCCUGGAUUCAAAGAAGUACGUUUAGUGCCUGGGCGCCAUGACAUUGCAUUUGUCGAGUUUGAAAAUGAGAAUCAAGCAGGAGCUGCUCGAGAUGCUCUCCAAGGAUUCAAGAUUACUCCAUCCCAUGCCAUGAAAAUCACUUAUGCAAAGAAAUAG